UCUGCGAGGCGGCGAGUUGCGUGCGAAGAGCUCGACAUGUCAUUCAGAGGAAUCCGCCACCUGAAACGCGAGGAAGUCAGGGCGACUCGAUUGGGUAUAAAGAAUCAGCCAACAUCUGCCUCCGAGCAGAGCGACGCUGAUGAAAACAUCAGCGCGGAGCUCGAGCAGGGACCCCGGCCGCGUUGUGUUUCGUCUUCCCGCUGGAUCUAUCGCUUCCCGGAGCCGGUGCACCUCCGCCAGGCGCAUCUCUGUGGAACAUUUUAAAGUGGAUGUGAUUCUGGAGCCAACUCGAUUCUGGAUUUAAUCCACGGAGAUUCUGGCGCACCUGUUACCUCCACGGAGCGCGAGAUCAUGAUCCCACCUGGAGACUGCAUGUACGCGGGCAGGAAGAGGAGGAAGCCCGUCCAGAAACAGAAGCCGUCCUCUGCCAACGAGAAAAGCAACCCGUCCAAGAGGCACCGGGACAGGCUCAACGCCGAACUGGACCGCCUGGCCAGCCUGUUGCCGUUCCCUCCGGACGUCAUCUCCAAACUGGACAAGUUGUCCGUGCUGCGCCUCGCCGUCUCCUACCUCCGCGUCAAAAGCUUCUUCCAAGCGAGUCAAGACAAACCCUCCAGGAAGCACGUCACCACCCCAGCAUCCUCCAACCCUGAACCCAGGAAAGAUAGCCUUCCUCUGGGUACCACCAUCAAUGAAAGCAGCCUCCUCCUGGAAUCUCUAACAGGCUUUGCCUUGGUGGUGAGCAGUGACGGCAUGGUUUUUUAUGCUUCCUCAACCAUUGUGGACUACCUGGGUUUCCAUCAGACUGACGUGAUGCACCAAAACGUCUUCGACUACAUCCACAUAGACGACCGCCAGGAGUUCAGACGCCAGCUCCACUGGGCCAUGUGUCCCCCACAACAUCAGGCGAUGUCUGGGGAGCCAGAUAGCCAGUUAGCGGCGGGAACAAGUGAAGACUUUGUCGUGAGCAGCAUGUUCAACUCUCCGGAAGCAGGGGAAAUUCCCCCAGAGCUCUCGUGCUUUCUCAACAGAUGUUUCAUAGCCAGAGUCCGCUGUCUCCUGGACAGCACGUCUGGAUUUUUGACGAUGCAGUUUCAGGGUCGGUUAAAGUUCCUCCACGGGCAGAAGAAGAAGUCGCCCUCUGGGACGCUGGUCCCUGCCCAGCUGGGUCUGUUCUGCAUCGCCGUGCCCCUCUUACUGCCCUCCAUCACCGAGAUGAAAGUGAAAAAUAUUUUAAUGCGUGGAAAGAACAAAGGUGGGGGGAUUGUCUCUCCGAUGGAGCAUGGAGAGAGCGGGGAGCACCUAAGGAGGCAUUCCAUCGGUGGAGGAAUGGGUGACAUGACAGACCCUCUUCUAUUCACUUGUCCCCAUCCGGGCACUACACAGCGAAGUCACCACGCCCUCUGGUCCCCUCUUUGCAAAGACAACCUCAAGUGCAGCUCCGACAGCUUCUACGGCCAGGAGGAACCCCUCAACUUCUGCAAGUCCUCCGUGGCUGACCACAAAGGCGCGGCCGCGGGCCUGGGCGGAGGGUGGCCCAUGCGGCAGCGGGCGGGGCCUGUCAGAGCCGCCCAGGGAGUCAGCUACAUCCCAUCCAACCGCUUGAACAGGACUGGCCAGUACGGGAAGCCCUACCGCCUCUCGCCGAGCUGCCACGGCGGCAGGGGCGCGGACGUGUACGUGUCGAAGCUGUACGGGUCGUCGGACGCGGACGCCUACUGCGUAGACCUGGUGAAGAGCGAAAACGACUUUGGGGAGUGCUACGAAGGCCACAUGAUGUCCGAGAUGCCGCCCAUCAAGAUAGAGCACGACUCCGACUCGGAGAACGGAUGCGAGAUGUACGGUCAAACCUGGGCCUGCCGCAACCAGGCCACCAUCGACCGUCACUACGGGAACGGGGCGUACGACCCAAGCACUGGUCUGCAGCUUAAAUCGGAAACGGACUACUACGACCUGCAGUACUCCCCGUGCCAACGAGGGAAAGCAGGAAUCAGCCCCACGUACAACAACGCCGCCUACCCCGGCUACGCGGUCAACAGCGGCGCUCGUCUGUUGAAGUGCGACAAAGACUUGGUCAGUAACGGCGACUCCAACCAGUUCAGCCCCCAGAGACUCUCUCACUCGGACUCUCUAUGCGGCAACCAGCCGGUCAGCCUCAUGGAGCCAAACAUCUACCCUCAAAAGGCGUACAUGCACCUGGACUACAACAAGCACGGCGCCUACGAGUUCAAAGGUCACGGCUUGAUCCACUCGAUCAAACGGGAGCCGAUGGACUCCCCGCCCUGGUCUGAGAAUGGCCAUGACGUGAACCAGUCCAUGAUGGGCGGCUCGAGGAACGUUAUGCCAUGUGUGAUGACCACUGGCCACCACAAGUCCAGUCCCUACAUUUACAUGCAGUGAGGGGACGACAGCCGCACGUGAACACAUCAGCAGAUCUCCACCCACACACAACCCCCUUCACACGCACAAUUACACACACACACGAACAAAUCAGUACGUAUUACCUUGUUUUCCCCUUUAGCGUUUCACGUACACGUGUGCUAGCAUUACAGAGGAAGGGUCACCGCGACUCCCACGAUGUCAAACAUUUUUCUGACGCUUAAUGAAGAGGUCUCAGGUUCAAAAAAAUCAAUGUUUUGACAAUCAACAAUUUGACUUUCAGAAGAUGUUACUUUAAAAAAAAAAAAAGAAGAAAAAAAAAAGGUACAGAUUUUUGUUUUUAGCACUUUUGGAUUCAGUGAGUGUGAGCAAAAUGUCCAAGAAAAAAAAAAAUCUUUUAGUUUUUGUAUUGUUACGCCUGGAUUUUGCGGGGAUCCGUUUUAUUUUUCUAAACUUUCUUACGCAGGAGAAAACUUACAUCCGCUGACACUUUCACUGAAAUUGACGCUUAGGAUAAUGCACUUUGAAGUCAUUUUUGAAUAUUAUUUUGAUGUCUCACAAAAUGCAGUCGCUUUCAAGGAUUUUAAAACAAAUUUUAGAUGGGACAAAAAAAAAAAA